AUGCCUUUGAUGAUUGUGGAGACGAGCUGCAGUCUGAUUGGCUGGCUCUUUCUGUAUGUGCUGCUAUGUCACUUGAACAGUGAGAGAGAUUGUGAGUGGAACUGCAGGCUGGUAACUCUGCUCCACGGCAUCCUGAUCAUCUGUGUGACUGCCUACAUUGGCUUCAUUGCUGGGCCAUGGCCUUUCACACACCCAGGCACUGAAAACACAUCUCUCCAGAUCCUGGCUCUUGUUCUCAGCUUAGGAUACUUCCUCUUUGACAUGGCUUGGUGUGUGUAUUUCCGCACUGAGGGUCCGGUGAUGCUGGCCCACCACACCAUGAGCAUCCUCGGGAUCGUGCUGGCACUAGGGCUGGGCGAGUCGGGCAUCGAGACCUGCGCUGUCCUCUUCGGCAGCGAGAUCACCAACCCGCUCCUGCAGGCCCGCUGGUUCCUCAAGCGCAUGGGCCGCUAUGACAGUUUAGCUGGAGAUGUGGUGGACCUGCUCUUCAUUCUUCUGUUUGCCUCUGUGAGGAUUGGUGUUGGGAGUAGAAUGCUUUAUUGUGAAUUAGCCUCUUCGAAGCCAUCGCUUAUAGUGAAAGUCGGUGGGGUGGCUAUUUACACUCUCUCCUGGAUCUUCAUGAUAGACAUUGCACGUUUUGCCUGCAAGAAAACUCGCGCCAAAUACAGGAGAUGGAAGGAACAGUACAAGCUGGAUGAAGCUAAUGGACAUGCUGUUAAAGUGAAAUAG